AUGAUCCAGUCAGCAUCCAAUCACAGAUCCAGUAUUUCCAGAUACAGUGAAGGUUCAGAUGUCACACUGACUGGAAAGGAGAAGAAGAGAGUUUGUUUGGAGGAAGAGCAGAAAUCAGAGUCUCCAGUAUCCAACCGUGUGUCUGAACAUCAUCCUCCAGACGUCACUCAUGAAGCUGGAUCCUCAGACUUACAGGUGGAGGACAGACGGGACAGCGCUACACCUGCCACACAUAAAGGACGAUUCAGAGUGAAAACAACACAGGAGGCUUCGUUGGACUUCACACCCAAAGUGCUGACUGAGUCUGCAAACAUUUCAUACAGGUUCAGCUGUCCUGGUCCAGGUGUGUUCAGGUGUACUUUGACUGGACUGGUGUUUGGUACGGUUCAGGAGGUGGAGCUACAGUACAGGACUGUCCAAUGGGACGAAAGACUUCUACAACCAGCUGGCAAGACAGCUGCAGGUCCGCUGUUCAACAUCCACAGUCCUGUCGGUGCUGUCAGUAAGCUCCACCUGCCACACUGUGAAAUCAUGGAUGCUCCGCUCCCUGAAGGUCUGCUGUCUGUCGUCCACAUCACUGAUGAUGGAAUGAGCAUCCUGGAGCCGCUGGAGAUUACAGACACUCAUGUGGUUGUGAACGUCCCUCACUUCUCUCUCCUGGGCCUCGUCUGGGACGUUGUUCAGAGGUUUAUGAACAUCAUACGACCAAUUAGGGGCCAGGUUCUGCUGUUCCUCCGACCUCCGCGUGGUGAUUAUCGAAUACUUGACGUAUUACUGCUGCAGAGCAACAUUCCUCUGAGUGAGGUUGCUGCCCAACGAGGAGCAGCUAAGAACAUUGAGAUCUCUUCUGACUGUGAUCUCAGCAUUGGUCAAAGCUACAGUGUUCACUGUGAACCUAAAGCUUACAGAAUCCAGCCUGAGGAUUCAAAAUUUUACCCACACUACGGACCAAACUUCUUCCCAACAUUUGAGGUUUUCCUCCCUGCAAACCAAGAGGAAGUGACUCUGAUGGUCCAAAACCAAGAGAGGACACAGGUGUGGAAUCGGGUGGUGGAACUGACAGGUCCAACAAGUGGAAAUGUGUUCAUCCCAGCAGAGGAGAGGCUGCUGAGGGUUCGGGAACAGUUUGUUAGCAGAGUGUCUGAACCUAAUCUAGACCAGCUUCUGGAUAAACUUCUUGGGUUUGGUGUCAUAAAUGAUGGUGAAAUGGAGUCGGCCAGAACAGGAACGCGAGUGGACAAAGCUCGUAAAGUGAACGACAUGGAGCUUUUAGAUGAACAUCAGAUCAGUCUGAGCAGCACAUGUGAAUGUGUGACUCAAGGAACUGAUGAAGCAGGAACUAAAACCUUCCUCAUCAGGGUCUUCACUGAGGUCCACAUCACAGAGGGACAGAGUGAAGAGGUUAAUACCCAACAUGAGGUGAGGCAGCUUGAAACAGCUUCCAAGAUGAAGACCCUCCAUGACGCUCCAAUCAAGUGUCAGGACAUCUUUAAAGUCUUACCUGACCAACAGGAAACUGAGGAGGUUCAUACCCAACAUGAGGUGGGGCAAGUCAGAGUGGUUCUGAUGAACGGAGUUGCUGGCGUUGGAAAAACCUUCUCAGUGCUGAAGUUCACUCUGGACUGGGCACAGCGCUCCAACAACCAAGAAAUCAGUCUGCUGAUUCUGUUCUCGUUCAGGUCGCUGAACUUGAUCAAAGAUGAGCAGUACAGUCUGCUCAUGCUGAUCCAUGUUUUCUAUCCAACAUUACAGAAGCUCACAGCAGAGAAGCUCGCUGUCUGUAAAGUUCUGUUCAUCUUUGAUGGCCUGGAUGAAAGCAGACUUUCACUGGAUUUCAACAACAGUGAGGUUGUGACUGAUGUCACACAGAAGUCAUCAGUCAGCGUGCUGCUGACAAACCUCAUCAAGGGGAAGCUGCUUCCUUCGGCUCUCGUCUGGAUCACUACCCGACCUGCAGCAGCCAAUCAGAUCCCUCCUUCAUGUGUGGACAGGGUAACAGAAGUACGAGGCUUCACUGACCCCCAGAAGGAGGAGUACUUCAGGAGGAGAUUCAGUGAUGAAGAGCAGUCCAGCACAAUCAUCUCACACGUCAAGACAUCCAGGAGCCUCCACAUCAUGUGUCACAUCCCAGUCUUCUGCUGGAUCACUGCUACAGUUCUGGACCACGUGUUGACUACAGACCAGAGAGGAGAGCUGCCCAAGACCCUGACUGACAUGUACUCACACUUCCUGCUGGUUCAGACAAGGAGGAAGAAGAACAAGUAUGAUGAGGGACAUGAGACGAGUCCACAGGAGCUGACGGAGGCUGACAGGAACCUUCUUCUGAAGCUGGGGAGGCUGGCGUUUGAACAACUGGAGAAAGGAAACAUCAUGUUCUACCAAGAAGACCUGGAGCAGUGUGGUCUUGAUGUCACAGAGGCCUCGGUGUUAUCAGGAGUUUGUACAGAGAUCUUCAAAACAGAGAGUGUGAUCUUUCAUAAACCAGUCUACAGCUUUAUUCAUCUGAGCGUUCAAGAGUUUCUGGCUGCAGUCUACAUGUACCACUGUUACACCAGCAGGAAGACAGAGGUACUGAAGGACUUCCUGGGAGAAGACUACAGUUACUCAUCUCUGGAUGACUUCCUGAAGAGAGCCAUGGAGAAAUCUCUCAGGAGUAAAAAUGGCCACCUGGACCUGUUUGUCCGCUUCCUUCAUGGCCUCUCUCUGGAGUCCAACCAGAGUCUCUUAGGAGGCCUGCUGGGUCAGACAGACAACAGUCCAGAAACCAUCCAGAGAGUCAUCGACAACCUGAAGAAGAUGAACAGUGGUUAUAUCUCUCCUGACAGAAGCGUCAACAUCUUCCACUGUCUGAUGGAGAUGAACGACCGCUCAGUACAUCAGGAGAUCCAAGAGUUCCUGAAGUCAGAGAACAGAUCAGAGAAGGAACUCUCUGAGAUCCACUGCUCAGCUCUGGCCUACAUGCUGCAGAUGUCAGAGGAGGUUCUGGAUGAGUUGGACCUGAAGAAGUACAACACAUCAGAGGAGGGACGACGGAGACUGAUCCCAGCUGUGAGGAACUGCAGAAAGGCUGUGUAA